CCACACUUUUUGCGUACUGUUAACCAAGGACGCUGACUCCUGCUGCUUGUGAUUGGUUGACAGCCUCCCCAUCAUAUUUAUUUUGGGACCGUCCCUGCACGAGGGGGUGCGGAGUUGUAUACAUCGAGCUGUCGGGGUUGCCUACGCUACAGUUUAGCGGCGUGCACCUUUCAGCACCAGUGCAGUGUGGAUAGCAGCCCGCCGAAAACGGAGAUUAGCUCGGAAGGGGUAGCCGUCGAAUGUGCCAUCAACUUCACCGCUCGGCUUAGGCUCCGGAAGAUAUCGUGUGGUAAGCGUUUUCCGUGCCACAAGGCCGUCGCUCGGUUUUAAGGAGAGGUUUAUGUGGAAAGUAAUUGCGAUCUCGGCUGUGCUGAAUGGCUGCAAAUGAAGGGAAACAAAGGUGAUAAAGAGUCUUCGUCCUAGCUGGCUAGUGGUGGCUACUCGCGCCAGCUCUCCAUUGUGUGAGCAUCCCGGUGCUAUUUUUCACAGCUGCCCAACCCCCGGCGUCCGUUACCCUCCUCCCUCCCCACCAGGGCAGCGGCUACAACUCUUUUGGACUCACUUUUAUUUGGGGUGGGGGGGAGAUCACGAGCCUUCCGUAAUGUGCUCCCGUCUUUGGUUUGUGACCGACCGACGUAUCAGCCAAGAAUACCCCCAAAUUCAGAUCCUCCGGGCAUUGAAGGAGCGUUGCGUGGAGGAGGAUGUGGAAUUCCGUUCCCUUCUCAUGGAUCAGAUUGUCCUUACCAUCAGCGAGGGACAGCUGGGCCUGCAAGUGGACCAGGAAACAGUGACAUCGUAUCCACAGGUGGUGGUGGUGCGGGUGCCCACGCCAUGGGUGCAGUCCGACAGCGACAUCACCGUUCUGCGCCACUUGGAGAAGAUGGGCUGUCGGCUGAUCAACCGUCCUCAGGCCAUACUCAACUGUGUCAACAAAUUCUGGACCUUUCAAGAGCUGGCUGGCCACGGGAUACCUCUGCCUGACACCUUCUCCUACGGUGGACAUGACAACUUCCGAAAGAUGAUUGAUGAAGCCGAGCCGCUGGGCUACCCAGUGGUGGUGAAGAACGCACGUGGACACCGAGGCAAGGCUGUGUUCUUGGCACGGGACAAACACCACCUGACAGACCUGUGCCACUUGAUCCGCCAUGACACUCCCUACUUGUUUCAGGAGUAUGUCAAAGAGUCACAUGGCCGUGACGUACGUGUGGUCCUGGUAGGCGGGCGGGUCAUCGGCUCCAUGCUGCGCUGCUCCACCGACGGACGUAUGCAGAGCAACUGCUCCCUAGGUGGCGUGGGGAUGAUGUGUCCACUCAGCGAGCAGGGCAAGCAGCUGGCCACCGAGGUAUCAAACAUCCUGGGCAUGGACGUAUGCGGCAUCGACCUCCUGCAGCUCAGCAACGGCUCCUUUGUGGUGUGCGAGGCCAACGCCAACGUGGGCUUCAUUGCCUUCGACCAGGCGUGCGGCAUGGACGUGGCGGGCAUCGUCGCUGACUACGCCCUCUCCAUGCUCCCCAACCGCCUCACCCGCAAGAUGUCUCUGCUGUCGGUGGUGUCGAGCACCAGCGAGACCAGCAGCGAGCCCGAGGUGUGCCCCGUGCCUGCCGUUGGGGGCUCCUUGCCCGAGGCCGUGUGCAACAUGAGCGUGGGCUCCACUUCCAGUGAGAGCGACCCUGAGCUGACCGAGCCCUCCCAGUCGCCCCCCUGUCAAGCCUCCGGGUCGGUCCUCCCCGACCCGGCCUACAACUUCAACACGCUGCUCGCUAAUGAGAUCAAGCUAUUAACUGAGUGAGAUGCGAACCGCCUCUACGCAGCAGCACACACACACACACACACACGGACACACACAUACACAUUCCUUUUCUUAACACACGGGGUUGAAUCCAAACAGAAAUUCUUCCUCAUACUAACUCCCUCCAAAAGAUCUGAGGCUGCUCCCCUGACUCCCCGUCAGUCCUAAGGGCUAAUUCAAGUAUUCUCUCUGCUUCUGCUUGGUUAUAACACCCCAAUGGGCUUAGCGUUUGGGUGAAAAGGUACAGCGCACCAAACUUAUGUCAUGGGUAGAUAAAAAGAAGAAAAAAUAUAAAUUUUAGCAACAUGCUGCAUUCAUUUGCGUAAUUAUAUGACAAAAUAUUUUUAAGAAUUAAAAGCAAACAAGGGUUGCUGUUUAUUAAAUGUAUUACAUGUGUGCAAAUGGCUGCAUACAUGAUUUGCAGGUCAAAGUUUGGUGUGACGAACCAGUCAGAGGACAGAAAAAUGCUAACAUUACUGUGGGCCAGUUAAGUGGUCCAGUGAGGCACAAUUGAAAUGUAAUCAGUUCAAGAAACAGUCUCUUUGCGAAUAUAAUUCGAGUUAUAUCAGCGAGAAGUAUAGAUUCUGAAGACGGACAAGGUUGACAUGGCAGCGCACAGAGGCUGAAAUCUGAUUGGACAAAAAAUGUCUAUACUAUACAUACAGUAUUCGGAGCAGUGUAGGUCCGAUCCUCUAGUAGUGUUUGAGCCAGCAGAGAGGGCCGUGCUGUGCCCUGAAACUAAAUUAAUUUUUUUUGUCUCCAAAUGAACAUUUUCUGAACACGUUAUAUCUACUGUGGUCAAAAUAGAAGGCCACCCUAUGUUAUGUCUAGGGCUCCGUAGACGACAACCUCGCGCCAAGCUUGUUUUCCACUCGUGUUCAGUUUAACACAAAAUCAAAUGCAGACACAAAAAGUUGCAAGUGGACUUAAAAGAGCUAUUCACAUGAUAUCUAAAGCCCAGGACGCAAUAAGCAUUUAACGCUUAUGCCCAAGUCGCUUCAAGGAAUACAUGAAGUCCUCUUGCCUGUUGCAAGUCGGAAAACAUUUGCAGAGCUUUGUUUUUGCGUGCCAGCAGCAGCCGUCUGCCAAGUUUGAAAGAUUCCCUCACGUCUAGCACUUUAUGACGAACAGAUGCAUUUGUUUUCCGUUAUUGUCCGUUGAAGAGAAAAUAUACCUCAAAAAAAGUGACCUGUCACUGCCACAGAAUGACAUGUAGACAAAAAAUACAACACAUAUCAAGCAGGAUGCUGCACCUCUCACCUGCUGGUUUUCCCUCUUUUGUGCUUUGGUAAAUGUUACCUUUGGUGGUCAUUGCUGUUGUUGGAAAAACUGUCAAUUUCAAUAUCCUUUUUUUUUGUAAUUUACAAAAUGCAUCGUAUGCAACAAACACAAAAUAGCAUUUACUUUUCAAUCUUGUAGGACGAUUUCAGGGAUUUCAAUAGCAUAUUGCUGUCAUCCAGGCAGCCGUCCCCUGCGAUAAUCGAUUUUUGACUUUGUUCCACUAACGUAGCCCUUGGUGGUGACAUUGUUGUGUGUUUUGUUGAUAACUCAGGGAAGCAGCCUGGAUCUAACCUUCAAAUACCAGACAUAUCUAAAAAGCAUGACACAAAAACAGAACGCAGGCAACAAAGAGGAAAAAGUAUCAUAAGAUGUGGUUGAUACAUGGACUUUUUCCCCUUGCUACUUCUGUAUUGCUCAUUGUUUUAUUCCUAAUUUAUGCUAUUUUAAAAGACAAAUGGUUUGUGUGCACUAAUUCAUGUGUAAAAACAGAACGAAAAAUGAAA